GCGGCUUGUUUUGGGGCGAAAAAGGGGGGGUUUGGGGGUUAAAAGGGAGCGGGGGGGCAUCUAUGGGCUUUGCCGACAGCACCUCCCGAGCCGGAGACCGCAGCCAUGGAGCCGUACGUGCUGCUGGACCCGCGACAGAGAGCGCUCUAUCGUGACGUGAUGCAGGAGAGCUACGACACGCUGAUGGCGCUGGAAUUCCCUUUCCCCAAGCCAGAUCUGCUGCCCCGCCUGGACCACGGGGGUGAACCGAGAGCCCUGGAUCUCCAUGUGCCCAGAGACACCCCGGCUGCAGAGGAUGGAGCAGGAGCGGAGCGGGAGCCCCCUCAAGACAAGGAAGAGCCCCAGGAGGUGAAACCCGAGGAGCAUCCCCCGAGCCCCGCGGAGACCGGGGCGAAGCCGUGCGCCAGUGGGGGCGCGGGGGACCCAACCUCCCAGCCCCGCACCACGUGCGGGGAGUGCGGGAAGAGCUUCAGCCACAAAUCAGCCCUGGUGAAGCACCGGAAGAUCCACAGUGGCGACCGCCCGCACGCGUGCCCCGACUGCGGCAAGGGCUUCAUCCAGCGCUCGGACCUCACCAUCCACCAGCGGGUGCACACGGGCGAGCGCCCCUACGCCUGCGCCCACUGCGGGCGCCGCUUCAGCGUCAGCUCCUCCCUGCUCACCCACCAGCGCACCCACGCUCCCGGCGGCCACCGACCCAACCGGUGCCCGCAGUGCGGCCGCGGCUUCGCCGACCCCGGCGCCCUCGACCGGCACCAGAAGAGCCACUCGGGCGGGAAGCCCUUUGAGUGCGGGGUGUGCGGGAAAGCCUUCGCCUGGAGCUCGCACCUCGAGCGGCACCGGCGCAUCCACACCGGCGAGAAGCCCUUCCAGUGCGGGCAGUGCGGGAGAGCCUUCGCCUGGAGCUCGCACCUCGACCGCCACAUGCGCACCCACGCCGCUGCCCCCGAGGAAGAGGAGGAGGAGGAGGAAGCAGAGCCCCCGCCGCCCGCACUGAAGUGCGUUGAUUGCGGCAAGCGCCUCAACCACCAGACGGCCCCGCAGCGCUUCAAGCACAAGGGCACGCAGACGCUGCCCAGCAGCAGCCCCCCGCGGCCCCAUCGCUGUGAGCAGUGCGGCAAAUGCUUCUCGCAGAGCUCCAACCUCCUCAAGCACCGGCGCGUCCACAGCGGUGAGAGGCCGUUCCCGUGCCCGGUUUGCAAGCGCUGCUUCCGCUGGCGCUCGGCGCUGGCCAAGCACCAGCGCACCCACGGCCAGCAGCAAGGCAAAGCCACCGAGGGAGCCGGCGCCGGCACCAAACCGUACCCGUGCGGGGCGUGCGGGAAGCGCUUCGGCUGGGCCUCGCACUUGGAGCGCCACCGCCGCAUCCACACCGGGGAGAAGCCGUUCCGCUGCGGCGAGUGCGGCCGAGGCUUCGCCGUGAGCUCGCACCUGGAGCGGCACCGGCGGGUGCACACGGGCGAGCGGCCCUACCGCUGCGGCGACUGCGGCAAGAGCUUCGCCGUCAGCUCCACCUUGCUGGCGCACCGCCGCACGCACGGCGCCCAGCCCGGCCGGCCCCACGCCUGCCCCGACUGCGGCAAAGGCUUCAGCACCGUGCCCGGCCUCGAGCGGCACCGGCGGCUGCACCGCGGCGAGAAGCCCUACCAGUGCGGCGUGUGCGGCAAGGGCUUCGCCUGGAGCUCGCACUACGACCGGCACCGGCUCAGCCACACCGGGGAGAAGCCGUUCUCCUGCGCCCACUGCGGGAAGCGCUUCGGGCGCAGCUCCCACCGCAACCGGCACCAGCGAGCCCACACCACGAAGCCGCACUCCUGCCCCGACUGCGGCGAAGCCUUUGGGCUCGGCGCGGCGCUGGCGGCCCAUCGGUGCCGGCACGGCCCCGCGUCCCUGCUGCCAGCGGCGUGGUGGGGAGGGGAGAAGCGAGGGGGGACUCCGACCCCCCCAGAGCCCUGGGCUGAGGAGCCCAGCGCUGUGUUCCAGCAGCACCCAGAGCCUUCCUCCUCCCCAUCCUCCUCGCCCCGGGGCUGGGCGGCCAAGGCCGACCUGCCCCACACCACGGCGUGGAGAGGCGGGGAGGGGGACACGGUGCAAAGCGAUGCCUCUGCCCCACAGGAGCAUUGGGCUUCCCUGCCUUCCCCCCCCAGCUCCUGAGAUGGGGCGG